AUGCAACGCUGGGGAAAGACACCUUUGGCGUAUGCCGCCGCGACUGGGAAUUGCCAGAUCUUGGAGCUGCUGCUCGAUGCUGGUGCGGAUCCAAAUGCUGGAGACAGGGAACACGAUAUGCCCCUGUAUCAGGCAGCUCGUCAUGGCCAUGAUAGCACCAUGCUGCAACUAUUGGAUCGUGGAGACGAGAUUGACGAUCCAGACGCUGCCGGCCAUACUCCCCUCCAGCGGGCCACGAUGCAGGGUCACCUGGAACUAGUGGAACGGCUGCUUGCGCGCGGUGCCUUGAUGCAGUUGAGCCGCAAGAACCAGGAGCCAUUAUUGAUCGAGGCCACCCGUCGUGGGCAAUUAGAUCUCGUGAAGCUGCUGCUUGAUAAAGGUGCAACCAUCGAAGCCUCUGAUUCGGACGGUCGCACUGCACUCAUGUAUGCCGCUAAUCGUGAUGUAGCCCUGGCAUUACUACAGCACGGCGCGCAGGUCAAUCGCCGUGUUAAAGGCCCUACCGCUCUUACUUAUGCAGCCGACUCCGGCAGAGAAGAGGUCGUGGAGCUGCUGCUUGAUCACGGUGCGGAGGGUGAGGCUCAACGCGAAAAUUUGCCCACAGCUCUCCAUGUUGCUGCAUUAAGAGGCCAUUACAAGACUGUUGAGCUCUUGGUAAACCGUGGUGCCAAGAUUGAGGCUUGUGGUCCUUCGAGAAUAACACCCCUUCUACUUGCUGUCGCCAAUGGCCACACGGAAGUCGUCAAACUCCUCCUUGACCGUGGGGCGGACAUACAAGCAUCAGACUCGGGUGGCCGCACAGCUUUGUGGCUCGCUUUCUUGAACAAGGACUAUGAUAUAGCAGACUUGUUGAGGGCGAGAGGGGCGAAGGGAAGAAACUCUCUGGUCCGUGCUAUAUUUGGGGCGAUAAAUCUCAAGGCUGAGCUAAAUCUGGUUGGGUUGUCGACACGGAAACUACGAGCGAUUAUACAGAGGUAGAAUUUAUGUACCAACUCCGGAGCCAAGGUUCCAGAGUUGUGUCAACACUCCACGAACUUAUUAAGCGCUUCUAACCGCUCUUCAUGUCGAGACCGCUUCUACA